AUGUCAAUGUUUCUUGAUGAUCCAUUAACUCUUGUUCCUGGUCGUCUUGUCACCUUUAAAAAUUGGCCAUACACGGGUUCUAUGGACAUUUGUAUUCCUAAAACUUUAGCGGAGGCAGGUUUCAUUUACAGACCGGAUUUAUCGAGUGACGCUACUCAGUGCUUUGUUUGUCAUAAAGUAUUCAGUGAAUGGGAUCCGAAAGACAAUCCGAUAGAGAAACAUAGGGAGAUGAGUCCGGAGUGCGCGUAUGUAACCUUAGCCAAGGACUAUGGAACCUACGAGAAGGCUCCGAGGAAAGCCGUGAUAGAAGCAGAGUGCGCACGUUUCCAUGCUAAAUUCAUGCAUCAUUUCUUAACCGAUUUAGAGGCUCCAAAGCGGGCUUCCUAUGAGUCACGUUUAAAGCAACUAGAAGAAGCAUUGGCCAUCUUUAUGAAAGAGAAUGAUGUCAAGUUACCCUUGGCUGUUGUUAAAAGAACCAGAGCAGCUGCCGCUAGGAAACGCACGCUUCGGUAG